UGGCCGCGCUGGGCUGGGACCUAGGUGCUGGGAGGGCAAGGCUCCGACUCCCUGUGGAGACGGCUGGGAGAGGCUGCCCGAAGCCUGCACCCCUCCGCCAGAGAACGUGAAGGCUCCAGCCCAUUUUACAGAUGGGGUAACUGAGACCUGGGCUUAUGGCCCAAGGCCUCCCACUGAAAGUCAGGGGGCAAGGGCAGGCUAGAGUGCGCGUGCUGUCGGAUUCAGUGCUGCUGGAGUAGGGGGUCUCAGCUCAGCGUCUGGACACUCCCAGUAACUCACUCGGGGGGUCCUGAAGUCUUCAGUCAACACAAGCAGGUUAUGUUGGCUCAAGUUACCCGGGGUGGCCCUAAAUUUGCCCAUUGCCGUGAGAGGGGGUUGAGGGGAGCCUUCUGCCUAUGACACCCUGAGUCGCCAACCCCAUCCCAAGAUUCCCCUAGGACUGGAAAGGGACGGGGUCAGAGAGCACGCACUGGCUGAGAUAUUUAUAGACAUCAGGCCUGCGGGCAUCCCACCUCCUGCCGCCCUAUUUUUAGUUCCAGCCUGGAAUGUAUGGAGUCGGAAGGGGGUAGGGAGCCUUAGGGAAGGGGCCUCUGGAUCUUGAUGGCUGGAGCUUCUCCGCAGACACCAGACGGUGGUGAAGGGCCCCAGCGGGCUGCCUCCGGUGGAUCGGCUGUUGCAGUUCCUGGUGGACAGCUCAGGGGAUGGUGAAAUGUUUUGCAAAUGCAGUGCCUGCCCUCCCCACAACCCCAUGUAACCCCCUCCGCAAGACCGUCCUGGGUAGCUGCCCCUUACUGGACCUACCUACCUACUCUCUGAGCCUCAAUAUUCUCGUCUGUAAACUGGGACGCAGAGACCACGUACUUCUGCAACACGUGCGGGCAGCCGCUGUGCGCGCGCUGCCGCGACGAGACGCACCGGGCACGCAUGUUCGCGCGCCACGACAUCGUGGCCUUGGGCCAGCGCAGCCGCGACGUGCUCCAGAAGUGCACACUGCACGCCGAGCCCUACAUCAUGUUCUCCACCGACAAGAAGUCGCUGCUGUGCAUCCGCUGCUUCCGGGACAUGCAGGGGCAGAGCCGGGCUCACUGCGUGGAUCUCGAGUCGGCGUACGUGCAAGGCUGCGAGCGGCUGCAGCAGGCGAUGCUGGCGGUGAAGGCCCUGCAGACCGCCACACGGGAGGCCAUCGCACUGCUGCAGGCGAUGGUGGACGAGGUGCGACGCAGCGCGGCGGAUGAGGAGGCCGCCAUCCACGCCCUCUUCGGCAGCAUGCAGGACAAACUGGCAGAGAGGAAGGCGCUGCUGCUGCAGGCUGUGCAGAGCCAGUAUGAAGAAAAGGACAAGGCCUUCAAGGAGCAGCUCUCCCAUCUGGCUACUCUGCUGCCCACCCUGCAGGUCCACCUGGUCAUCUGCUCUUCCUUUCUCAGCUUGGCCAACAAGGCUGAGUUCCUGGACCUGGGCUAUGAGCUGGUGGAGAGGCUGCAGGGCAUCGUCACGCGGCCACAUCGCCUACGGCCCGCACAGAGCAGCAAGAUCGCCAGCGACCACCGCGCCGAGUUCGCGCGCUGCCUGGAGCCGCUGCUGCUGCUGGGCCCGCGCCGGGCGGCGGGUGCCGGGGGCGGUACCAGCACUUCUCUCCCCAGGCUAGCAGGGGGCUCGGGCCCCAAGGUGCUGAUGGGGCCCAGCUGCCCCUCCCCCGUGGGAAAGAUGUUGGGGUCACCGGUCCAAAAGCCCACGCUGCACCGGUCCAUCAGCACCAAGGUGCUGUUGGCAGAGGGCGACGAUUCACCCUUCACGGAACACUGCCGCCACUUUGAGAACGCCUACCGGGUGAGGGGGCCAGGGACCUGCCAGCUGGGAAAGGCCCCACCCCUUCUCACCAAGCGCCUGCAGGCAGAGAUGCAGAACCUGAAGGACCAGGUACAGGAGCUGCACCGGGACCUCACCAAGCACCACUCCCUCAUCAAGGCCGAGAUCAUGGGUGAUAUCCUGCACAAGUCCCUGCAGGUGGACACACAGAUCGCCUUGGAGUAUGCUUCCGUGGAGGGCAUGAGAGCCGUCUUCCAGGAGAUUUGGGAAGAAUCCUACGAGCGUGUGGCUAAUGAGCAGGAGAUUUAUGAAGCCCAGCUCCAUGACCUUCUCCAGCUGAAGCAGGAGAACGCCUACCUGACCACCAUCACCAAGCAGAUCACGCCGUACGUCCGCUCCAUUGCCAAGGUGAAGGAGCGACUAGAGCCCAGGUUUCAGGCCCCUGUGGACGAACCGUCAGACCAUCUACAAAACACGCAUGAUGAUGGUGUGAACGGCGAGGCCCAGGCCAGGAACGACCCAGCGGGUGUCUCGGAGAGGAGAGAGAAGACCUCAGAGCCGAGAAACAGCCGGACCCUGAGCAGCCUCGCAGAAGAACCUCCACUGAAAAAUAAAGAUGCUCACAGACCCAAACCGAAAAACGGGGGUGACGUCCCCACGUGGAGGGAGCGCCCAGCUUAGCAUGGGACUUGCUCCCGGAGGUCGGGCGUUCUGUCACGUGCACAUCAAGGCUGGGAUAUUUAAGAAAAGCCCGUUCCCGUCACGAUUUUCUGUUUAAUGUGUAAUAAUCAUGUAUCAGCAGUAAAACCCAGACACUCUCUGCCAGGUCCCAGUUUCAGGUUCUUUGGCUCGAGCUAGACUUCGUGUUGCCCCGAAUCUCGGCCCUCAUCGAGGUGACUCGGGACGGCAUCCCAGUCCGCGUGGAAAACGUUACAUGAGUGAACAUCCAGCCUGAAGCCCCCCACUCCCCCUGCACCUCCCUGGCGUCUGUGUGCUAGUCCCGUGAGCUCCCGUUGGGGUGGGGUGUGCACCCGUCUGAAUUUCGGGGGAUGAGGCUCGCCCACCGUGCAGCACCUGCCCUACCACAGAGGAAUCCGGCUCCUCCUGAACCACAGCCCCACUGUUGACCGGGCGCCGCUGGAAAGUUCCACCCCGCUAAUCUGAGCGCUGACUCAGCAUAGGGGAAAAAAAACCCUGGCUCCAGCUUUUCUCACCGUAGGGCCAGGGCUGAGCGCAUAAAGCAACGCAGUAGCACCUGGUGGCCUGCGUGGCGGGAGGUGGGCUCCGUCAGGACUUCCCCACCUCUGUCCCCGCCUGCUGUCCCUCUCCUGUGUUCACCUUCUAUUGAUAUUAAAGCACGAUUCGCCAGCAACUUUGCUCUAGUGGUUUUCCACUGCUAGUGUUU